CGCCGGCCUCUCUUCGGGUGCGCUUGCGCGGCGGGCGGGCGGGUGAGCGAGAGAGAGAGAGAGAGAGAGCGGCGUUGGCGAGAGGCAAAGUUUGGCUUCUAGCAACUUCCCUCCUAAUCUACGUCAUCCCUUUAUCCGCCGCCUGCGUUUUUACACCGAAAAAAAAACGGGCGACAGAGAGAGACAGAGACAGAGAGGGGCGGAGGCGGAGCGCGCGAGCGAAACCGUCGACGGUAAAAAAAAAAAUCAGUGCCUUUAUCAAACGCCGAUAAAGACAACCGAUCGUUUUUUUUUAUUGAACGCCGAACCGAGCGGGAGGGGCGUGUAAAUAACCGGCAAAAAGGGUGACCAUUUUGUAUUACAAACAGAUCGCUCGUGGGUGGGCACCGGCGGCUGCGCGGAUUACCCACACAGUGCGGCGGGGCGAUGAGGAAGCUCUGACCGACCGACCGACCGACCGAGUGACCGACUGACGAGUGACACGAGAGCGAGGAGGGACGGCCUGUGCGAGCGAGGCCGCCCCAGCCCAGGCCCCACUGCCAGCCCAGGGCAGCACACACCAGCACAGGCUCCGCCCCGCCCCGGCCCGGCCCGGCCCGGCAGCACCGAGAGCGGCCGAGUCGGUCGGUCAGCGACAGGGAGUGAGGGAGGGGAGUGACUGACUGACUGACUGACUGACUGGGAGCGGCGAUGGCGGAGAGCGCGGCCACCAGAACCAUCCGGGUCACCGUCAAGACGCCGAAGGACAAAGAGGAGUUCGAGCUCGGACCCGAGAGUAACAUCAGGGAGUUCAAGGAAGAUAUCUCGAAACGUUUCAAUACACAGCCUGAGCAGCUCGUGCUGAUAUUUGCUGGAAAAAUCCUGAAAGAUCAGGACACGCUUGCCCAGCAUGGCAUACAUGACGGACUUACAGUUCACCUGGUCAUCAAAACUCAAAACAGGGCUCAGGAGCAGCCGGCUCAGCCUGCGAACAGUGGUGACACCACCACAACUACAACUACAACCACACCCCCACUCAGCAGCACUGCUUCAACCAAUGCCACCAGUAACCCCUUCAACCUCGGUGGAUUGGGAGGUCUCGCAGGCUUGAGCAGCAUGGGUUUGAAUUCUGCCAACUUUAUGGAGUUACAGACUCAAAUGCAACGGCAGUUGAUGUCAAAUCCGGAGAUGAUGUCUCAGAUCAUGGAGAACCCAUUUGUGCAGAACAUGCUAUCGAAUCCAGAUCUGAUGAGACAACUGAUUAUGGCCAAUCCACAGAUGCAGCAGCUGAUCCAGAGAAACCCAGAGAUCAGUCACAUGCUUAACAACCCAGAUAUCAUGAGACAAACCUUAGAGCUCGCUCGAAACCCAGCAAUGAUGCAGGAAAUGAUGCGGAAUCAGGACCGAGCACUGAGCAACCUGGAGAGUAUCCCAGGUGGCUACAAUGCCUUAAGGCGUAUGUACACUGAUAUCCAGGAGCCGAUGCUUAAUGCUGCUCAGGAACAGUUCGGCGGCAACCCUUUUGCAUCUUUGGUGAGUAAUUCUGACGGGGGCAACCAACCAUUGCGUACAGAAAAUCGAGACCCUUUGCCCAACCCCUGGGCUCCACCACCAUCCAGUUCACAGUCUUCUACCACCAACACCAGCACCUCCACCAGUGGCAGCGGAACCACAAGUCAGCCUACCAUGCCAGGCCUGGGAGCUGGAUUGGGAGCAGGAUCUGGAAUGUUCAAUACACCGGGUAUGCAAAGCUUGUUGCAACAGAUCACAGAAAACCCACAACUGAUGCAGAACAUGCUCUCAGCACCUUACAUGAGGAGUAUGAUGCAGUCUCUGAGCCAGAACCCAGAUCUUGCAUCACAGAUCAUGCUGAACAAUCCACUGUUUGCUGGAAAUCCUCAGCUACAAGACCAAAUGAGACAACAAAUCCCUAAUUUUCUGCAGCAGAUGCAGAACCCUGAAACACUGUCUGCUAUGUCAAACCCGAGAGCCAUGCAGGCUUUGCUCCAAAUUCAGCAAGGUCUGCAGACAUUAGCUACAGAGGCCCCUGGGCUUCUACCAGGGCAGGUUAACAGUCCUGGAGAGUUUGGCACCACUGCCUCCAGCACAACUGACAGUACUAGUGCAACAGGUGGUCUGGGUACAACCGAGGCUGGACAGCAGCAUUUCGUACAGCAGAUGUUGCAGGCGCUAGCAGGAGCUAAUUCACAGCAGACAAUGACUCCGAACCCUGAAGUACGGUUUCAGCAACAACUGGAUCAGCUCAGUGCCAUGGGAUUUCUCAACCGAGAAGCUAACCUUCAAGCUCUGAUAGCAACAGGUGGAGACAUCAACGCAGCCAUAGAAAGGCUAUUGGGCUCUCAACCGUCUUAGCAACCUUCCUCCAGCUUGCAAAGAAAUUGUAAUUUAUUUUUGAUAUAACAGCAGUUAAAUCUUUAAAAAAAUGCUUUUUUCAGCUUGAUUUUUGAGAUUGGGUCUUGUAUUUGGAGAGUGAGAUAAUUGAUGCAUUACAAUAGUGAAUGCAGUGAGGCUGUUGUACAGUACUGAGUCCUGGGAUUUGGUCGGAGAUGUUGCAUGCAUCAAAAUUUUCGUUCUCCGUUGCGUUUGUGCUUUUCAAAACCCAUUUGAGCUUUUCAAGUCAUGUGAAUAGUUUUUUUUUGGUCUGACCUGAAAAUCUGUUUAAAUCUCAAGUCUUGCUGUUUAAGCAGUAGCAUCUCGAUAGUAAUUUGUAUAGAAUAAAAACUAUAAAAGCAGAACAAACUGAUCAAAGCUGCAGUGACUGAUCAUCCAUUGUGUAUUGUGAACGAAGCAUGCAUUUAUGGCAAACAAAUAGCACCCAAAAAAUAAACUAAAUGCAGGACACCAUUGAAUCUAAUAUUUAUUAUUUGCUUUAUCUGCAAAAUAAAAUACACAAAUGUACUGCAUUCGAUAUAAUUUCACAGAAAAGUAUCCCAAUACAGUAUCUUUCUUGUCUGUUAAGGCAGUUGCAGUGGUUUUGAGCUUCCUAAUUCUGGAUAACUUAAAAUAUUUGUGCAGCUUAAAUGAGCACCUUAUUCAUAAAUGUGUGCUUUUGACUACCGCAGACUGACUUUGGCCAGCUGAUUCCUAGCAUAAAUUGUAUGUGCAUUAUGAUUUGUAAUUUGAGAUGUCUUUUCUUUUAAAGUGUCUCUUGUAAUAUUAAUCUAAUAAUUUCUCUGAACUGCCUUGUACAAAAAUAUUUAACCCUUCAGUUUUUAUCAUUAGUAUUUACUUAUGUGCACAGGUCAUUAAACUGAAUUAGAAAUGA